AUGUUGACAAGUGUCCACAGCCUCAAGGACCAAACAGCGCAUCUUACAGAUUAUGAUGUUACAAAUAUUUACGUCCCCACUCACGACUCACCAAACCUUCACAAGAUUCGAUCCGCUCACGACGGGAAGACCCGGUUAGACCUUGGGCAUGCAGAUAUCGCGUCUUGGAUUUCGGCAUAA